CAGUAAUGCUUGAUUUCUCCGUAUAUUAUCGCGUGAUGAUUACUGCGGGUUCAUCGAGGUGUUCCGAAAGCGAUUCCGAGGUGUUGAAGCCACGGAAAUGAAUCGGCGAUUGUGGCUGAGUUGGCGAAGGAUCGUGAAACAGAAACUAUCGCUCAUCGUCGAAACAGAACACAUGGACAGGAAAACUGCUUUGGCGAUGGAUAAGCAUGUUGCUAGUUGGGUCUUGAAAUAUCUCGGCAUAUGGCCUAUCGUGACGAAAAACAUCCAGCAUUGUUCAAGAAGCAUUCUUGCAGUUGAGAACACGCAACACGCAGGACAUUUAUCUGCUGAGCAUUCAGACUAUUCAAGCAUGGAUGAAGGACAUAUUGAUAUGUACAUGAACGAUGCUGAAAAAGAGCUUUUCAGGAUGACUUCAUCUGAUGUGAAAUUAAGCAAAACCAUGUCGUGGCUUUUGCGACACGGUGCUCUGAAGGUAGGUGUUAGGAUUUCUUCUGACGGAUUUGUGAGAGUCGGUGACAUUCUUUCGCGAAAAGAAUUUGCGGGUUGUACUAUGAAAGACGUUCAACGCAUUGUCGAGAUGGACAAUGGAUUGCGAUUUUGCCUGAGGGAAAGAUGCGGCACUUACGAAAUCAAGGCCUAUCAAGGUCACAGCAUAAGGGUUGAAGAUCUGGAGUUGUUGCCAGUGCUGUCGAAGGAAGAAAUUGCCGGAGAACUCGUUCAUGGAACGUACGAAACGAAGUGGGAGAAAAUUAAAGAAGAAGGAAUCUGUUAUCAUACUCGAAAUCAAGUCCACAUGGGGGUGGAUUCAUGUGCCGGGAAAAUCGAUGAAGGGAGAGAAAUUCCGGGAAUCCGUUCCUCGAGUGAAAUUUUAAUUUAUAUCGACCUGGAAGCAGCACUUCGAAUGGUGCCUCGCCGUACGACCGCUCCGUCCAACGACGGAUCCGCCGGAACCAAUUGA